UUGCUAAAUUGCUGCGGGUCGAAAAAUUUUUUAUAGAAAAACAAUUUUAUUGACUAUUUCUAAUAUUUACUACUACCACUCCUUGGAUAUUGCAUCUGAUCGUCAGAGUGAUUAUAAAUUUUAUUGCUUGUAUAUUUCGUUCGUGUAAAACGAAAUUGAGUGAUUGAAAUUUUGACCUGGUGUACGAGAUCAAUGUUUGUUUUAAUCAAUCGCAGGCAGUUUAUUCCACGCUUUGUGUAGAAGGCGGCGUGGCUGUAUAUUUUGGUUGAAGCUCAUGGUCGGUGUUAGUUAAAGCGGCGUGCAAGUCUUGGCACUGGCCAUUGGAUGGCUAUGUAUUACUACGCGAGCAAGCUAAACGAGGCGUCAUGUAGUGGGUGCAAUGUGAAGGUGCCCUCGGCGCCGUCAGAGGCUGCGCCUGCGCCAUCAGCGGAACAUUCCCAACUGCUGAAAACAGAUUCAACUUUACUCGGCACUGGACUGUCGUACUAUGAUAAUGAUGACUACUACUCCAUGGUAAGAGGAAACAAAUUUAUGUCAGAAAGUGGAGUGAAGCACCUAAUGAUGAACGGCGGUCUUAACUUUGUCGCCACACAAAAAUCUGAUCAACCCCAGCUUUCCAAUCCCCCAGCUAAAAGUCUAUCCCUACCCUACGUGAACACUGAAAAACCGGACCUAGAGUACAAAGAUGGCCAGAUUGUCAGUGGUACAAUAGACUCUCUGGCUGAACUUCUACGGCCAGGGGCUAGCAAAUCGUUUAUUUUCACUUUCUUGCUCUGUUCGAGGCUUUUCAUCAAGCCGCAUGAGCUUUUAGCCAAAUUGUGCAAGAGAUAUUUUCGAAGUUACGAUAAAGUGGGAAAGUCAGAAAUGAAGGAUUCAGCAGAAAAGGAAGUCCAAGACAUGGUGUCAUUGGUCCGUGUUCUUGAUAAUUGGACCAGCAUGUUCCCGUACGACUUCCGAGAUGACCGUGUUAUGGCCCUCGUGAAGAGUAUCACGCAGAGGUAUUGCCGAUGCUCAGCAGAGCACAUGAGCUCGGUGCGUGCAGACAUGUCGAGUGUUUUGGAACGUUUGCUUGACAAACUAACAGCGUUAGAACAGUAUGAAGAGACUUUAGCUGAUGUGCCGCAGGUUUUAAAUGUGGAUACCUUACUACAGGGAGACGUCUUGACUCUAGGCCUAACACCAGUGGAACUGGCCAAUCAGCUGACGAUGCUAGAAUUGCAUCGGCUGUCUUUUAUUGGCCCCGAAGAGUUUGUUCAGACCUUCGUACCGAAUCAACCCUCAUCAUCAGGAAAAACAAUUACUCUUCAACACGUGGAAACGAAAAGUACCAAGAAUUUGGAGGCCUACGCCGAAUGGUUCAAUAGAUUGAGCUUUUUGGUCGCUUCUGAUAUUGUCAAGCCAGUGAAGAGCAAAUACAGAGCGCGUGUGAUUGAGCAAUGGGUGAUGACUGCGAGGGAAUGCUUCAAUUUGGGCAAUUUCAACUCGCUUAUGGCCAUCAUCAGCGCGCUCAACAUGAUUCCUGUCACCAGGCUUAGGAAAACUUGGAGUCGCACUUCGGGGGUCUGCGUCCAGCAGUUGCGACAACUCGAGCUCUGCGUUGAACCAAGUGGAAAUCAUGCGAGGUAUAGAGCGGCCCUAGCAGCGGCGCCUACAGAGACGGCUGUUCCACUACUCUCAGUCACUUGCAGAGACCUGCAUUUCGUAAAUCAAGCCUCACCCAAUAAACUCUCGGGUAACCGUAUAAACUUCUCAAAGUGCACGCUUCUGGCGCGUCAUGUGUGCUCUCAGCUGGCAGCGAGGCGUCUUUGCGCUGAAGGGACGGUUGUCAUGGCAACUCCGCCAGCACUAAAUCCCGCUGCUCGUACCUUUUUCACUGAGAGGAGUACGCUUACGGAAAGGGGCCUGGAAUUGACAUCGUUUGACCGCGAGCAUCCCACGGACCAGCUCGAGAAGGAGCGUUUUAAACGCUUACGCGGCGGAACCUAAAAUAAAAUAUUCUGCGUGUCUGAUGCGUUCACGCAGCUAUUAGCCAUGCCGUAGACAGAUUCAGUACAAUUCCUAUCUGCCUGCGGCUGUCAGGUGGAUUAUUUCGAAGAUUGCUAUUCUGUUGAAGGACUUUUACCGUGUUCCGGGAAUUCAAAACUAAAUUGUACAAGUUUCAAUCCGGUAGUGUUUGCCAAGUUUGAACGUAACAGAUCUUGGUCUAUCGUUGUGUCAAACUCGGGAUCUGUCAAACUACUUCUGUGCAAGAAGUGACGUAUUUGUCAGCUCAACUUGAAUUAGUGUUAUAAAACUCAAAUGUUGACGUUUAUAAUACAUUUUUUUAUAGAGUUUGAUUAGUUUGGACUAAGAUCGCGUGCAAGUUCGCGAAUUAUAUUUAUUAUAAAUUGCACAACGUUUUGUGAUAAAAUUUAUGUUAUUGAAAUUUAUUUAUACUCUGAUCUUUAUACCGUAGAAUUCUGACAGCUGUCAUUUUUUGACAUGUCACAGAUUACAAACCUUUUUGGCCGGGCACAGUUUUCAAUUAUAAUGCCAGUGAACAUCUUAGUCCACGUAUACAUGUUAUUUGUUAGUGAAUGUAUCCAUUUUAUUAAGUGCGGUAUUCCAAAUUAUAGGUGGAUUUACGGCAAGUAAUAAUCCUUUUUCAUCAUAUACAGUCGUAAACGCUCAUUUUUUUUAAUGUUUAUAAAUCUGGAAUUAAUAGGCACUCAUGCCAACAAAAUAAUAAAAUAAAGGAAUUAAAGAUAAGUCACUUGAGUAAGUAAAUAUCAAGAUUUACCUUUUUGUAGGUAAAACGGAAAAAAUACGUAAAACUUUUAUUUUAUUGCCCUAAAUUUGGUCAAAUUUGUCCCUUUUUCGCUGAAGAACUUUUUAGUGGCAACACUUAUGAAAUGUCCGAAUUCUACGUAAUGAAAAACCAGACUAUUGAGAACUUUCAUUUAAUAAUGAAAUCUUUAAACCAAACGAUUUGGUUUGUAUGAAAAGUAUUUCAAUGUGUUAAUAGCACUUCAUAUAUAAUCUAUUUACAUUCGUAUAUUCGAUUUUAUUUACCAGUUCAAAAUAUAUAAGGCUGGACCUUUCCCUUUGAAAAAUAUACUUAUAUGUAGCGUUAAAUGUAUUUAUCAGAGCUAUGUACGCGUUGAGUACAUUUAUAGACAAAUCACAAGAAAUUAUUUAAGUGAAUGAAAUUUGAUAUAGACAUCUCGAUAGGUAAUCUGCCCACACAUAGUGUCGGUGCAACCGUAGUUACAGUUAUAGUAUAACUUUAAAUUACGUCUGAUUGCACUCGUAAUUAACUCUUCCGUCUCUUUUUGUCAAAUUAUGAUAAGAAGAGAGGAGGAUUUUAUGUAGAAUGCAAUUAGAGUUUAUGAUUAAUAUCUAUAAUAAGAUAGGAAUCAAAAUUUCAAUUUUCAUGAGACAUCUUAAGUAAUUUUCGUGACUUAACGUAUUCAAGCACGUACUGACUUUUGAGACAGACUGAAUGUCACACAGUGUUCUCCUAUAUUUGUGUGGCGAUAGGGACAAUGUAAUUAGUGCAUUUUUGAACUAAGUUCCUCGUUACAGUAUUUGAUUAUUGCCAUUUAAUCUAAAACUAAUUGUAGAUUCAGAACAAUAUGGUAAUACUUGAAUGAUCUCAUUUUCUUGUUAUUCCAAUUAACUGAUGUAACGAUUGGUUCGAGACGACCAAUCAAUGCCUACUUAAGAUAACGUAGUUUAAGAACCUUCUUAAAAGUAUUAAAUUUAUUUAGAAAUCUCAGUUAUUUACCGGUGAUAAAAAAGUUAUUAGAACAUGCUAUAAGAUGAGGCUGAUAGAGGGGCGCCAUACAUAGAGCAAUCGCAAUUCAAAAAUAUUCAAUAUUUUUGUUUGAUUCAAUAACCAACUUCUAUUUAUUUUAAUUGAUAUAAAUUAACUAUGUCUUUAUAAAAUUCAGAGACAACCGCAAAUUAACCCUCCCAUCUGUCAGAUUUGAGUUUGACUGUUUGCGCUUAAAAUUGUCUCCGAUUUUGCCUAAGCGGUAAUCCGGUUUUCAUUUAGAGAUAAUUAUAAUUAAUCUGCGAGAACAAUUAGGCAAACAGGGAUAGUUUAUAUCAGUUUACAUAAUUCUAUUUGUAAAGAUGUUUCGCUCAAACAAUCCAGAAUAUUAUAAUGAUGAAUUAACAUUUAAACUGAGCUAUAUAGUGUGAUGAGUUGAGUAAUGAGUUUGCUUAGAUCCAGCUAUAGUACCGGUUGUAUAAAGCCUCUAUCUUAAAUACUGCCAUUUUAUUGCAUUUACAUAUCUGAUAGGUGCUCUUCACAAACAUCAAAAACAAUAUUCAAUAGCAAUAGGAAUUCUUAAAGCCGACUUAGUGAUCAAUGAUCAAUCCUUCAAAUUAUCCCAGAAACUAAACAUCGUAAAAACUAAAUUAGUUAUAAACUGUUUAAAUUUCUCGGCUCUGUCUAUAAAAUCGUGUAAACGCUGCGAUGAAGACAUUGCUUUGAAACAGUAAUGUCUAAUUUAGUUUCUGUGAAAAUUGUAUGAAAAUUGUACAGUGUAUGUGUUGUUGCCUCGCUCGCGUCGUUUAAUAAUUAGUUGUUUUUUUUUAUAUUCGCACCUAGUUUCAAUAUAUAAAGACUAUUUUUUGCCUGAUAAAUGCAAAAGGUGUAUUUAUUUAAAGGUUGUAUGCAACGCUUUAUAUCGUUUAUAUUUUUAGUUAUAAGCUUCAUCCCCACCAACGUAGUUAGUUUAACUAUAUGUUUUUACAAUGUUUUUUGUUCUGCUUGUAUGUUUAAGAUGUGUUUUAUUUAUGUUGCAUAUUAGGUAGCUCAAGAUUGAAUACUCAAUUACUUUAAGUUCAAUUUACAUUCCCCCACCAUAAGACUGACUUAAUUCCACUAAUUAUUGUUUGCAGUUUGAUCUGAUUUUGUAACAUUGUCGCAGGAUUU